CCCUGGCUGGCCGGUCGGGCUCGGCGAGGUUACACAAGCGCCCGGAGCGCAGCAGCGGCACGGACGGACGGGCGGACGGGCGGUCCGGCGGCGGCGACACGCACCCAGGAGUCUCCCAAGCCCUGAUGGACAUCUGAUAAUUUGCAGCCAGCAAGCUGGAAGAGCAUGGUUAAACACCAGCCACUCCAGUAUUAUGAGCCCCAGUUGUGUUUGUCAUGCCUGACGGGAAUUUAUGGCUGCCGAUGGAAGCGGUACCAGCGGUCACAUGAUGACACCACCAAGUGGGAACGCCUCUGGUUCUUGAUCCUCACCUUUUCUUUCUUCCUGACCCUGAUCUGGUUCUAUUUCUGGUGGGAAGUUCACAAUGACUACAAUGAAAUCAACUGGUUUUUAUAUAAUAGAAUGGGAUAUUGGAGUGACUGGUCCAUUCCAAUACUCGUUACAACGGCUGCUGGUUUCACGUACAUCACAGCUUUAUUGAUUUUAGCACUUUGUCACAUAGCUGUAGGACAACAGAUGAACCUGCACUGGAUCCAUAAGAUUGGGUUGAUAACUACCUUGAUCUCGACUGUUGUUACUAUGAGUUCAGUAGCCCAGUUAUGGGACGAUGAAUGGGCUAUGGUGGUCAUAUCUUUGCAAGCAACGGCUCCCUUUCUGCAUCUAGGAGCGCUUGUGGCUGUCACCGCUCUGGCUUGGUUGGUGUCCGGGCAAUUUGCGAAAGCAGAAAGAGCCGCUUCCCAGCUCCUGAUGUUUGGGACCUACUUUGCAGUUGUCCUUGCGCUUUACCUGGUGCCCCUCACGAUCUCUUCCCCUUGCAUCAUGGAAAGGAAGGACCUCGGGCCCAGGCCGGCUAUUCUUGGCCACCGCGGAGCACCCAUGCUAGCUCCUGAAAACACUCUGAUGUCCUUCCAAAAAGCAGUUGAGCAGACAGUCUACGGUGUGCAGGCAGAUGUGGUGAUAAGUUAUGACGGAGUGCCUUUUCUAAUGCAUGACGAGACAUUGCGAAGGACGACCAACGUGGAGGAAGUGUUCCCUGAACUUGCCUAUGAGCAUUCCUCCAUGUUCAACUGGACAGAUUUGGAAAGACUAAAUGCCGGCAAGUGGUUCCUCAAGAGUGACCCCUUCUGGACAGUCGACUCGCUUUCCCCAUCUGACUUCGUAAAAGCUGCAAACCAGUCAGUCUGCAAACUGACUGAGAUGCUGGAGACAAUCAAGGGCAAUGCCACCGUCCUCUUGAACCUCCAGGAUUUGCCCGAAGAGCACCCUUACUACAGCACUUCGGUCAACAUCACCCUGGAAACUGUCCUCACCUCGGGCAUCCCUCAGCAGACUGUGAUGUGGUUGCCCAGUCUGGAGAGGAAUCUCGUUCAAGAAAUGGCCCCUGGUUUCCAGCAGACCUGCAGUCAGAAGACAGACGCUCAGCGGCUGAGAGACAGAGGUUUUCGGAAGCUCAACCUGCGAUACACCAAGGUCACCAGCGAGGAUAUCAGGGAAUAUGCCAGUGCAAACCUGAGUGUCAACUUGUACAUCGUCAAUGAACCGUGGCUGUAUUCCAUCCUCUGGUGCAUGGGGGUCCAGUCUGUCACCUCCGACAGCUCCCACGUUCUCCGCCGGCUGCCUUCCCCGCUCUGGCUGAUGCGUCCAGACGAGUACUAUGUAAUCUGGAUAAUGGCUGACCUCGCUUCGUUUGUCAUAAUUUUAGGGGUUUUUAUCUUCCAGAAGUGGCGCUUCGGUAGCAUCCACACAUACAACCCGGAACAGAUCAUGCUCAGUGCCGCCGUCCGCCGGUCCAGCCGUGACGUAAACAUCAUGAAAGAAAAACUCAUAUUUUCAGAAAUCAACAGUGGCGUUGAGACAACGGACGAAGUUUCCUUGUGUUCCGAAAAUGGCUACACCAAUGAGGUUGUCACACCCAUCGACCACCGGGAAGUGAAGCUCCGUAUUGACUGACCGGGGGAGGUGGCAGUGGGCAAGAUCUGGGGGUCCCCCUGACUCCGGGGGGCUUCCUUAGUCCAACAGCUCCAAGGAAAUGUUGGCCAAGUCUGUGUUCCUUUGUCGAAACUCCUAAUGCAACAAACUUUGUGAGGGCGGCCUGGAGCCUCUCUGGAAACUGAAGCUGGGCUGGGUUUCUUUGUUGUUAUUAUUAUUAUUAUUAUUAUUAAUAAUAUUAUUAUUUUGUAAAGUUGUCCCUUCUUUGUGACCCUUUUCCUGCCUGCUGUGGGCAGCGGGAGCUGGCACAUUUGUCGGGCAGAUGUUCCACUGGCGGUGUGCCCACCUCGCUGGACCAUGAGCUGAGAUGCUGGCCAGGCCAGCAGAGAAGGACCCCCCCACACACAUCCCCCAUUGACUUCUCUAUUCCUUUCUUUGGGACAGUGAUUGUUAGCUGAAUUUAUUUAAAGACGUAUGUUGUGAAACCCU